AUGACAAGGCCGGACAUAUGUUAUGCAGUACAUGUACUUAAUCAGUUUAUGCAUUGCCCUAAAAUUUCACAUAUGGAUGCAUUAGUCAGAGUAGUCAAAUACAUAAAGGGUGCUCCAGGACAAGGACUGCUGAUGAGCUCAAAUCAAUCGACCAAACUUACUGCAUUCUGUGAUGCAGAUCGGGCAUCUUGUCCAGUCUCUAGGAGAUCAGUAACAGGAUAUGUAAUAAAGCUAGGGCACUCCUUGGUGUCAUGGAAGUUAAAGAAGCAAUGCACAGUGUCACGAAGUUCAGCAGAAGCUGAGUAUAGAAGUAUGGCAGCUGGGGUCUCAAAAAUUAUGCGGCAGACUGGACUUUGUAGGGAAUUGGGUGCAGAAGUUGACUUACCAGUUGAUCUAAAUUGUGAUAGCAAAGCAGCAAUUUAA